CCGAAAACAUCUGAUCAAAUGUCAAUAUCGUUUUGUUAUCGCACCAAAUUUAUCCAUCUUUGCACUACGCGUGUGUUGUUUACCUCGCUUCGAACGGCCGAAUCUGUACCAUCAACCUGUGCACUGUUGCUUCAACUUAGCGGCAAGUGGAACGAUACGCCUUUACACUUACUUUUUCACUGAAGAAGCUGCUCACAAGUCUGAACUGAUCUAUAAAUAUGGAUACCCAAUCGAACGACACGAAGUUAUCACCGACGACGGAUACGUGCUGGCGUUAACGAGAAUUCCUCCCAAGGAUAAACCAACCAAUCAAUCGCUUCCGAAACUUCUGGUGCACGGAGUGUUUGCUAGUUCUGCCGAUUUUCUUAUCAUCGGACCUAACAAUAGUCUCGCCUAUCUGUUGGCUGAUCAGGGCCAUGAUGUAUGGAUGGCGGAUCUGCGCGGCAAUCGAUACUCUCGUCGACACACCACCCUAUCACCUGACUCGCGUGCGUACUGGGACUACACCUGGCACGAGAUGGGCUACUACGAUCUGCCGGCCACGAUCGAUCACAUCUUGCACGUGACCGGUACAAGGCGCCUCCAUUACAUUGGGUUUUCGCAGGGAACUACUGUGUUCUUCGUGAUGGCUUCCAGUCGGCCAGAGUACAAUGAAAAAAUUAGCCGAAUGUACGCUCUAUCAGCGGCUGUAUAUGCGGAGCACAUCCGAAGUCCUAUCAUUCGAUGGAUCGCAGAUAACAUUAACGCCAUCAAGUAUUUUCUAGACACUAUGGGACUAUGGCAGGUGUUACCCCACAAGAAGGCACAGUACGUACUGCAGAGAACAUUCUGUCCAGCACGCAAAGCGCGGAAUAUUUGUGUUCAACUGUUCGAACUGUUAUUUGGACCCAAUCCGAAUGGAACGGAUCCGCUAGCACAGCAGGUGAUUGCUGGACAUUAUCCUUCCGGAGCAUCAAGCAAACAGCUGCAACACUUCGGUCAGCUGAACCAUUGCGGUUGUUUUCAACAGUUUGACUACGGGCGAAAGGGACUGAAUCUUGCGGCCUAUGGAAGUGAACAUCCACCGAAAUACAAUUUGUCCGCUGUCACUACACCAGUUGUGAUAUUUCACAGCCUAAACGAUUGGUUAAUAGAUCCAGCUAAUGUUGUACGAUUAUCGAGUGAGCUACCGAAUCUCGUUUCCAUGACCGUUGUAGAGGAUCCCAACUUCAACCAUCUUGAUUUUAUGAUAGCAAAACGUGUUCGUGAGCUUGUGUAUGACAAAAUUCUGCUCGACCUGAACUUGUUGUAACAUCAAAAGUUAUGUUGUGAACAAGAUUAGCAGCGGGAACGAUAACCAAGAAGAAUCCAACCCGAUAGUAUAGAGGCAGCUAGAGUAGAGAAGCGGUUACCAUAUACGUAAGCCACGUGGAAAAGCGCUGUAAGCACUGGCUCACGGGAAGAAAUGAGAAGAAAAGGUUCUUUUUAAUUCGAAAGCCAAUACGGAAGGUACGAAUAAAUACUAAUCUUUGAUUGUACAAAAAAUUAUAAAUAGAUACAUUUUCGAUUUCUGCUAAUAAUUGUGGUACUCGGCACAGUGCUCGCCUAUCAAAUUUUAUAAUUUCAUACCGAGCGAUUUAAAGUGGUCAUUCAUUUAG